CAAUAUGGCGACGUCGAUAUCAGAGAGCCAAACAAAACGAUCGAAACUGGUUUAAAAAUCGACAAAAAGACGCUUAUAAUCAUUUUCACUAACGCCAUAGACUCAGAAAAGUCACAACGGGUCUAGGCUCGCUAGAGAGGCGCCAUUUUAGGUCUACGGAGACACAGAGGGCAGCAACAGAGCAGCAGUCAGCUUUCAGUGGAUGAACAGAGCUGAUUCACAAAUAGAGGACCAUCCAGAGGAGAGUGAAACUGUCAGGAUCAUGAGUUCAGCUGAAGUGAAACAGCCUGAAAAGAACCCAGGCAGCUCUCACCAGGAGGAGCGAAUCAAAAAACCCACUGGUCACAGGCAUGAUAAACGUUUUCCCUGUACCUUCUGUGGAAGGAAAUUUAGCCGAGCAUAUCGCUUAAAGAAUCACGAGAGGAUCCACACUGGAGAGAAGCCCUACCCCUGCGACCAGUGUGGGAAGAGUUUCAGAAUUUUAGAUAACCUGAGGGUUCACCAACGGAUCCACACAGGAGUGAAGCUGUUUUCCUGCGACCAGUGUGAGAAGAGUUUUGUUUUGUCAUGUGAUUUAAAGAAACAUCAGAGAGUCCACACUGGAGUGAAGCCGUAUACCUGCGACGAGUGUGGGAAGAGUUUUGCUCAGUCAGGUGGUUUGAAGAAACACCAGAGCAUCCACACUGGAGAGAAGUCUUUCUGGUGUGAGGAGUGUGGGAAGUGGUUCUGUCUAUCCAACGAGCUGACUGUUCACAAACGAAGUCACACUGGAGAGAAACCUUACUCCUGCCACGAGUGUGGGAAGAGAUUUUUUCUGUCUAGUGAUUUGAGGAAACACCAGAGAAUCCACUCUGGAGAGAAGCCAUACUCAUGUGAGCACUGUGGGAAGUUAUUCCGUCUGUACAACCAGAUGAUUAUUCACAGGCGGAUACACACUGGAGAGAAGCCGUACUGGUGUGAGGACUGUGGGAAGUUUUUCCGUCAGUUACCUCACUUAAAGAAACACCAGCUUCUCCAUAAUGGAGAAAAGCAAAAACAGAAGUCCGACUCACCAUGAGAUGAUGAAUCACCUUUUUAAACAGUUUAACUGUCAG